AUGUGACUCAUAAAAACUUUUACAUAGCAAGGGCUCAUUUACAUUCUGGACUGACCUGCUCUUCAGGAUGACACUUCAUUUGAAAACAUAAGUACAGGUAUAAUCAAGCCUUCAUGAAUUCUCAACAUUUGACUGCUCAGAUCAGACGGAAACCUCAGUGUAAACAAUUCAAAGGAUAAGAAUCAUGGAGCCUACAAGAUCUAGGGUGAAGGAUCCAAAAGUGGAGGCUGGUACAGAUAGGAGCUGUGUAAAGGGAAAUUGGUUGGACAAGCAAAAACUAAGGAAUGAAACAGAAUUUUAUAAGCUGGAUCUGAAAAUAACGGAGAGUGGCUUGACUGGAAAUAUGGGUAAGAAUGACAAAGGACCCUAUAAUCUACCUUCAGCACGUGAUACAAACGGACAAAGUCUAAUGAAGCACUCAAAGGCAAAGAAAACUCCAGAAGAACAGAAAAAGAAGGAAUCAAAGGGACAAUUGAGAAAAGAAAAAUCACAAAAUGAACCAGUUACUCUGAAGAAGUUCCCUAAAGGACCACAGCUGGAUCUCAGUAACCAGAUUUCCAGUGGGGCUGGUGUUCAAUCAAAGUCAGAAAUCGCUAUGACAGCGUCUGUUGUUCAGGAUAAGAAAGGUUUGAGUGCUGAGUCUAGACACCGCACUAAAGUUUUUGAGUCUGAAAAAACAAAACCAGGUUCCAGAUUGAACACCAAGCCUGGCACUAGUCCUAGUGAAAUAUCAAUAAGUGACUACCUAAUACUUCUAAAGUGCCUACGAAUUAACUUGCCCGAUGGUGUUCUGAACCCUAAAGUCAUCAGGCUUUCACAGACUGCCAACGUCAUUCAGAAAGCUCAAGACAUCGUGAAAGAUCUGGAAAACUUCAAGCUUCAGUUCAACAGCAUUCCACGUCUUGGCUCCCGGGAGGUUAAGAUCUCACUAUCUCUGAAAGACAACAACAAAGUUCUUGAAAUCACACAGAUGAUUUUCUUCGAAAAAACUGAAGGUUCUGAUGAAGAUCUGAGAACACAGUGGAAAAAGAAUGUUUCAAACACGAACUGUGGAUUCAGAUUCAGAGACAAGUACAAGACAACUGCCAUCUCCGUACCUGCUAUGUAUGCCACAGCGCAGACAAGGAGCUGGAGACACUUAGAAGAUGGAGAAAAACAUGCAAACAUUUCUGCAGGAGAGCCAGUGAAUGUCAGCGAGAUUGAGAAGAAAGAUUAUCGUGAUGAGUCGACACUAUGGACAACAUCCUCUCCGCAAAGGUUCGGCAAAUAUUCCCUGAACCCAGCAGAUGAACGUGAAUGCCUCAAGUUCUACCAUGAACUGUGUGAGAUUGGUGCCAGCAGGACAGUAAAGUACACCAAAGGUAAUAAAGUAGAGUCUGGAUUCCUCUCAGGACGACUGGACUUCUUGGCAGAAUUAAAAGGAGAAAAAACUGAAAGAAUUGUGAUUGAGUGUAAAGGAACCACUGGAGAUAUGGUGGGGAAAGUCUUCACUAAACCCACAAAUGGUGGCCGUUGUGCACAACUGAAUGAGACACAUGAGUAUUACUAUCAGGUUCAGGCAUACAUGUACAUAUUAAAUCAGUCAGCAAAACAAACACGACGCUUUACCUCUGACAGGGCCGUCAUGGUGAUCCGACACUACCACAAGAAUGGACAAGCACCCAGAGAUUUCUACUGGAAUUAUCUGAGAAAGAAUGAGGCAAUACAGCAGAAGAUCAAUGAACUAUGUGUUUUCUGUGAAGAAGAGGUUCUGGCCUGUUUCCUGGCUGUUCUCAAUCUGAUCUUCCAGAAAGAUACAUAGAGUCAGAUCUCUUUGUUUUUCUCCUACAAACACAUUGAUGUCCAAUUUUUAGAUUUCACUGGCAUGACUCUUGGUGAACAGUGCUUUACAUUAUGUAAAUCUUUUGUUCUUUAGUUUGCAUUUUGUCAUUUUCAACUCUGCAUUAUGUGAUGUCAGUCUCAUGCCCAUUUACAUCCCUGUUCAGGAAAUAUAGUUCAUAAUGUGUAGUUCCAAAUUUUUAUUAGUGUAUGAAAUCACUCAUGGGCGACACAAUGGCUCAGCACUGUCUUAGCACUGUCGCCUCACAGCAAGAAUACCUGGUUUUCUCAAGUGCUCCGGUUUCCCUUACAGCCCAAAGACAUGUGGUAUAAGUAAAUUGAAUAAACUAA